AUGCGGAGCGUGUGGGGCAUGCUCGUCGAGGUGGAGCCGCGGGACCACCUCGGCUACUCUAACGUCUCGGUGGCGGGCGCCGGCCGCUCGCGCUCACGCCUCGUCGGCGACGUCAAGUUCAAGGACACGCUCUCCUCCAACCCGGAGGACGUCGGCCAGCGAGGCGCUUUCGUCGGCCUCGGCAACACCGAGCCCGGCACGAGCGCGGACGUCUUCGGCCUCGAGCAGCGCGGCGCUGUCGGGGACGGCGACUUCAGGCCGAGCGACGGCGGCGGCUAUGUGGCGUACAAGAAGGCGGACUACGCGCACGCCCUCUCGCGCUCGGACACCGACGUGCAGAUGUACCUGUUCGAAACCUUCGGCGGGUGGUGCAACGCGGUCAAGCGGCUGUUCUACCAGAUGAAGGACAAGGUGCGCAACAAGCUCUCGAAGCGGCAGCACGAGGACGAGGCGAGCUGGUCGACGCGGUCGUGGCUGUCGCUGCAGGCCCAGCGCAUGUCAGUCGCGCUGUGCCCAGCCCCCCUCCGUGUCGCGAUGCGCUCCCCGCUCCCGUUCCCCUGUGUCCCUGAUCGUCCUUACAAGAUCCUGCUCGUGCAGGCGGAGGCAGUGCGCCGCGGCACGCUCGCAAAGCUCUCCGGGAGAGGCAAGCCCUUGAAGGAAGAGCGUGAAAGUCAGGCGCACAUUGGUGGUAUGCCGAAGAAUAUGGAGGCGCGCGCAGAGGCAGAGAUGCGCAGGGCGGAGCGCUCGGGAAUGCUGAAGAACCUCGGCGGCGAGGGCGCUCCUUUGGAGCAGCGGCACGUGGUUGGUGCCGUCUCGCAGCAGCGUGCGAUCCAGAACCACAUGCAGAAGGAGACGCUCCGCUGA